AUGCUAGGGCUCGGGCGGGUAGCUGGGGCUCGUCGCUACAGGUUAGAGUUAGAAUGGAGCUUGAAAGUAUUCUAUUCUAGGCUCGCGCACAGUUCCUGUUGCUUCGGCACUGGCUCCGCUUCUCAGCGUACUUCUGAUACCGGCUCUCACACAUCUGACGUCUACGAAACCUACAAGCCGUUUCUCUCCAUCCGUCUUACCAAGCAGCAAACAUCAAAAGCCAUCAAAAGUAUCAUAAUGGACUUGGAGAGAUAG